AUGGCCCUACAUGUUCCAAAAGCUCCAGGAGUGCCUCAGAUGCUUAAAGAUGGGGCUCGUAUGUUAUCGGGUAUCGAAGAAGCUGUGUACAGCAAUAUAAAUGCAUGUAAACAAUUUGCGAAAAGUGUGCGUUCUGCGUACGGACCAAAUGGCAUGAAUAAAAUGAUUAUCAACCACAUUGAAAAGCAAUUUGUUACUAGCGAUGCUGGUACUAUUAUCAGAGAACUUGACGUAGAACAUCCUGCUGCUAAAUUAAUGGUUUUAGCAAGUCAAAUGCAAGAUUCUGAAGUAGGUGAUGGCACUAACUUUGUUAUAGUAUUGUCAGGUUCACUGUUAGAAGCUGCAGAAGAGCUAUUGCGUUUAGGAGUCACGCCCAGUGAAAUUGCCGAGGGAUAUGAACAAGCUCUUGAUAAAUGUCUUGAAUGGCUACCAGAACUGGUUUGCCAUGAAAUUAAGGAUUACAAAAAUGUUGAAGCUGUUGUUGCUGGAAUUAGGUCAUCUAUUAUGUCCAAGCAAUAUGGAAAUGAAGAUUUUAUUGCAAGGCUUGUAGCAAAGGCAUGUAUUGCAAUACUGCCUGAAAAAACUACAUUUAAUGUUGACAAUGUUCGCAUUUGUAAGAUCCUUGGAGCUGGUCUACAACAGUCUGAAGUACUUUCUGGGAUGGUAUUCAAACGUGAAGUUGAGGGUGACAUCACAUCAGUUACCAAAGCUAAAGUGGCUGUCUAUUCAUGUCCUGUUGACAUCACACAAACAGAGACAAAAGGCACCGUGCUUAUCAAAACAGCAGAUGAACUUUUGAACUUCAGCAGAGGUGAAGAAUCUCUUCUUGAGAAACAAAUAAAAGAAAUUGCAGAUGCGGGUAUCAAAGUUGUUGUAGCAGGUGCCAAGUUUGGUGAUAUGGCUUUACAUUUCUUAAACAAAUAUGGAUUAAUGGCUGUGAGGCUUAAUUCCAAAUUUGACUUACGACGUCUUGCAAAAACUGUUAAUGCUACAGUGCUGCCAAGAUUGACUACUCCUACAGCUGAUGAACAGGGUUAUUGUGACACAGUUAAGGUGGAUGAGGUUGGUGAUACCAGAGUUGUAGUCUUUUCAAUGGAAACCUCAGAAUCACGUAUUUCGACAGUUGUGAUCAGAGGUUCCACUGAUAACUACAUGGAUGACAUAGAAAGGGCUAUUGAUGAUGGUGUAAACACUUUCAAAGCAAUUUCAAGAGAUGGACGUUUCUUGCCUGGUGCCGGUGCAACAGAAAUUGAAUUGGCACAGAAACUUCUUCAGUAUGCUGAUACACUGCCAGGUCUUGAGCAGUAUGCAGUGAGGAAGUUUGCUGUGGCUCUUGAGAGCAUCCCACGCGCGUUAGCAGAUAAUUCUGGAGCAAAUGCCACAGAAGUUAUUAACAACAUAUAUAAAGCUCACAAGGAUGGAAAGAAAACCUAUGGAUAUGACAUUGAGUCUGACAGUGGUGAUGCUUGUGAUGCUAAAGAGAAGGGUGUGCUAGAUGCAUACCUUCUAAAGAGUUGGGGAAUUAAAUAUGCAGUUGGCGCUGCUACCACAAUUUUAAAAGUGAACCAGAUUAUAAUGGCAAAGAGAGCUGGUGGACCUAAGCCCAAAGCUGCACCGGGCAGUGAUGACGAAUCU